UUCCAAUGAAUCUACAACUCCCAUCUUGGAAUCUCAAGCAUUCACAUCCGAUCUAUUUAUCUUAAAUCGGAUGCGCCCGAUCCGAUCUAACGUAGCAUCCAGAUCGCGAGCUAUACAUAUAUACCUACCUACCUACCUAGGGUAUCUUACGUGAGAUUCAGCCACUUCACUUACCUCUGAUUCAUUUGUUCCCUCCCGGCAGGGCAUCGGAUAGCCGGCUGUACCGCCCCCAAAUCAGUCGCAAUGCGCGCUUCCGCGCUCCGCGUCAUUGUGGCGCUGGCACCGGUCGCGCUGUCGGCUGCGUAUUUGUUCUAUGCGAAGCGCGCGUUGGCGCGGAAAACUAUUUCUCAGGUGCGGGUUUCGCCGCCGGAGGGUUUACUCCCGUUGUUAGGUGGAAAUGAUAAGGCUACGAAUGAGGACGUGAUACCGCGCGACGUGCUGAAUAACGCGGAAGCGUUUGUUGUUGCGAGGGAGAGGGUGGUUUCAUUACCUAUCCCGAUCGCUGAGCUUCAGGAGGGGUUUAUCGCGGGAAAUGGGGGUGUGUUGGAGGGGGCGUUGGUAAAGGCGUAUCUAGGCGCGACGAUGCGGGCUUUUGCGUGGACGCCGCAGGCGCUGGUUAUGGCGCGCUUGGGGGCUAAGUUGGAGGGGUAUAGUAUGACUUUUGAGGCGCGGUAUUUGAGCGAGUGUGCGUUUGGGGUUGGGGAUCGGGUUUGUGGCGUGUAUGUUGUUAAGGCCAGGAGGGAGGGGAGGGCUGUGUUGGGCUUAUCACCGCCACCGGGAUGGACUGGUCCUGUUGUAACUGGAGUGCUAGACGUCGGAUUUGAUCUUGUAGAUGGCGAUAAGGUGCAAUUCGUGAACGAGACUACGUUGUGGAGAGGGGUGGGUGAUAAGCCUACACUCUUAGAGGGGAGUGUUGGUAGAUGGCUACAUACACUCAUGGCGAGCUGGUUGGUGGUUCAAGGGAUCAAAGCUGUGACGGUGUGAGUGGAGGAAAUAUCUGAUCAUUGAUGGAAUAUUUUAUUUCAUCCAAAUUCUGGGGUUUUGGGGGUUACGUCAGGGGCUCUGGGUAGCGUUACCUCGGAGCUCCCCCACCGGAGGCGUCUUCGGUCGUGAAGGUGAGGCUUUUCAUUAUGUGGCGUAACCAAUACCUUUCCAUCAGAGUUAUGAAUAAUUUCCUCUUGUAUACCUAGGUAUCGAUAUGUACUAGUUUAUGUACGCCGUACGGCAUGAAAUGAAAUAAUAUUACAAAUUUA